GGAAUUCUGUAUCUCGUGACGGAAGCAUCGUCACGAGAUACAACUCAUUCGGAGUUUUCUGCAGAUUAUCGGAUCUUUUGCGUUUUGUUUUAGCUGUAAACGCGGCGUUUGUUGAAUCAAAGCGAGGCAGUUUAAGGUGUGACAAUCACACAUGACACAUCGAUGUAGAAUAGAGGUUUUAUAAACGGAUUUGUUUGCAGCUGAUGGUGUGAGCUCUCUGUUGACAUGAGUACUCUGUUUGCCUGUGAGGAUCCAGCCACAUGGAGGAGUGUGUAUGGGAAAUACUGGGAUGUAGUGGAGGCUAAGAGCAAAGGCAAGAAACCUGGAAAGCUGCUGAACCUUGAGAAGUGGUACCAAGAGAAGCUGCCCACACUCAUUUCAAGUCGACCUGACAAACAUGUCACUCAGUCGGAGCUGGUGAAACUGAUGGAGUGGAAGCUCACUAGAGGGAAGUUCAGGCCGAGGCUGCAGCAGCUGGUCGCUUCCAACAGCGAGGACACUGUAGAGAAAUGUUCCAGAAAGGCGUUCAGCCUCCUGCCCGAUGUGCAGGCAGCGAUUGCAGAGCUCAGCUCCCUGAAAGGAGUCGGCCCAGCAACGGCUUCAGCUGUGUUGGCGGCAGGAGCUCCAGAACAGGCUGCAUUCAUGUCAGACGAAGCCAUGGAGAGUGUACCGGGACUAAAGCCCAUCCUGUACACUGCCAAGCACUACGCUCUCUACCUGGGCAAAAUGGUCGAGCACACUGAAAAACUAAACAAAGUGGAUCCCCAGCAGGACUGGACGCCCCACAGGCUGGAGCUGUGUUUGUGGGCGUUGACCGCAGCCAAACAGCAGCAGCUCCCACUUCUAAAGGAUGUUGACGUGAAGGCCAGCUGUGUGGCGGAGACGUGCUCCGACGCUGCCCAGAGACCAACGAAGAAGAUCAAAACAAGAUAAAAAAUGAUUUGCAUUAAACGUGCUUUAAUGUUGUUUUUGUGAAAUAAUAAAGUCUUUAUAUAGAAGCUUUUUUUUUGUAGAACUCAUGGGGUUAAGUUCACAAAAGCCUUCAACCACACUUUCCAGUUAUGAUAUGAUGAUACAGAAUAAUGUAGUUCAUACAG